UUUUAUUUCUUGGUCUCUCGCGUGAUUACGGUCAAAACAUGUCUCGGGGCUACUAGCAGAUGACAACUUUAGUCAAAAUGUUCAGCCAUUCAAGUCAACACACAGAGCUACACAAAACAAUUUUGCGAGGAGAGCAGCAGCCAGUUGUUCAGAAAUGCCAGGAAUGUUGUUCGCUGUACCACUGUCCUUAUUGCGGGCCAGAGAUGUUCAAACCCACCAUCAAAAGCAAGUGUCUGAAACAUUUACAGGGUCAUCGACGAAGAGCAAUACGACACAAAGAGUUCCUUAUAUUCAAAUGUCAUUUAAAGUGCAGAGCUGCUCCACACUUUCACUGUGUCAGCUGCACAUCCACCUUCAUGAGGAAAGAUGGAUUUUUAAAACAUCUGGGGAUGUGUGAGAACAAAAAAACUAAGAUAAUGGUGGUAGAGGUCAAACCUGAGGAGUGUUCUUCAGCAUCUGAGCCUAUAACAACAGUUUCACAUAUAGUUAGCAGUGCUGAAGAGAUGCUUGUCAAUGAAGGGUGCAAAAACCUGAUUACUGAGGACAUCACUCAGAACAUCUGUAAAAGAAAAGAGAAUCUUGUGGAACACUUGUACCCUGAAAAAUCUGAAGACACGGCAGCCCAGGGACCCACAGAUGAGGAUUCAGUGAGCAAGGGGCCCACAGAAGAAGGAGAGAUUAUGGAUGAGCAUGUGAUCACAGCCAAGGCCCCUGUGGAUGAAGAAAAUAAUGUAUUCCCCUCAGUGGUAGAUAUGCGUGUCUCUGUAGGGGAUCACAGUGUGUUGAACGCUGCUCAGAACCCUCACCCCACAGAGACUGAUGUUGCCAUUCAGACUUUUGUAAAUGAGAUCUUCUCUGGACAUACACCUGUUGAAAGCAAUGCCCCACAUAGGUCCAGAUCCGAUGCACAAGAUCUGUGUCCUUUCUGUGGUUUAAUGCUGAACAGGAAAAAUCUGCAGGUCCAUUUAAAACGAAAGCACCCAGAGCAAGUGUCAAGCCAGGAGAAACCGGCUCCUUCUCAGUUAAAAACAACAAAACGAGUCCCAUUGCGGAAACAGCAGAAGAUUGCAAUGGAGAAUGAGAUCAGAGAUGUGUUCAGACACUGUAUCAGGUUUCCUGUACCCAUUUCUGCCUCUGUGGUCUCCGAUGAGCCAGUGGACACUGCCGGCGAAAAGCGGUGCAUUACUGUAUUGACCUGUUGGAGUCAGUGUGAUUUGGAGAGGGGUUGUAAACUGGUUUUCACUCAGAGGUGGAAUCUACUGUGUAAACAAGACACAAUAGAGCAUGUGCUACCAUCUGGGAUGAGCACGCAAAUACAUGGAGAGUUGCUUAGCUGCCCGUCUCCUUCUGGGACGUCCCGAGCUGUCAUUAGGGAAGAGGCGGGAAACCAGCACUUGGAGAUUUGGGGCCAAAAUGGUUUGGAGAAGAGUUUGGACCUCACAGCUUUGAAAAAACACGGAAAAGUUUAUGAAGAUGCUCAGUUUGGAUGUUUAGCUUGGUCACCAUGUGAAAAGAAGUUGCUCUAUGUGGCUGAGAAGAUGAGGGUGGAGUCAUUAGGGCAUUCGUCAUUUGCGUCACCCAAUGAGAAUGGAGGGCAGGUGUUGCUGGAGGAACAGGAUAAAAGCGUUUAUGUGGAAGACUGGGGAGAGGGGCUUGUGGGUAAAAGCUGUCCAGUGUUGUGUGUAGCUGAUCUGAGUAAGGGGGCUGUUAUUGUUUAUGCUGGAGUGCCUCCUCAUAUAUCACCAGGACAGGCUCUGUGGGCACCUAAUGGAAGGGGCAUUGUUUUUGUGGGCCAGUGGAAUGAGCCUUUCAGACUGGGCCUGAAGUUUUGCUCGAACCGCAGGUCAGCUUUUUACUACCUGGAUAUGAAGGGGAACUGUGAGUGUUUGUCAUCUGACAGCCUCUCUGUGUCAAGCCCUAGAAUGAGUCCAGACUUGUGCUGGAUCGUGUACUUGCAGGGACAGAUGUUUGGACCACAUCAUCAAUGCCUGAAAAUGAUGCUGUAUGACAUGAAAAACAGAACCACAUCAGUUUUGGUUGAUGUGGUCAGGAGAGCCGAAAAAGGUCAGUUUGCUGGUAUAUAUGAACAGUUGCCAUCUCAGUGCUGGUCUGCAGACAGCGAGAGAGUCUUUUUCAGCAGUGCAUGUGAAAACAGUAAGGCCAUGUUCUCAGUGGACAGGAGCACAGGAAGAGUCACACAAGUGUGCGGGACAGAUGCUCUUAGACUAGAUGAUUUUGGAGGUGUGCAGCUGUUGACAGUACAGAAAGAUCUGAUGGUGAUGAGCUGCUCGUCUCCAAAUCAGCCUCCCUGCCUGAAAGUCGGCUUUCUCUCAUCGGUCGAUCAGGCUGAGGACAUGCAACUUUGUAAUCUGGGUGGAGCGUAUGUUUAUGAGGGAUUUGAUUGGCAGCCUAUGUUGAUAACGCCCCCUUCCCAGGAGGAGAACCAUCAGUUCUCUGGUUUAAAUUUUGGAGCAAUUUUAUUGAAGCCAUAUAGCCCCCCCAGAAGAAAAAGUCCUUUGGUGGUGAAUAUACAUGGUGGUCCUCAUGCUCAUUUUGCUGCGGAAUGGAACGCCACCGCCGCUGCUUUAACCAAACUGGGUUUUGCCGUUCUAAUGGUAAACUACAGAGGUUCCACUGGAUUUGGUCAGGACAGCAUAGAGUGUCUCCUUGGAAAUGUCGGCAGUCAGGAUGUCAAAGAUGUUCAGAGAGCAGUGUUGUCCGCCUUGCAGAAUGAGGCAAGUCUUGAUCCUGAUAGGGUGGUUGUGAUGGGCGGCUCUCACGGAGGAUUCUUGGCUUGUCACCUGAUUGGUCAGUAUCCGGAUUUCUACAAAGCGUGUGCAGCAAGGAACCCCGUUAUCAAUGCAGCCACACUUCUGGGAACCAGUGACAUUGUAGACUGGAGAUAUUCCUCUGUUGGAUUUCAGUAUGCAUUUGACAGGCUGCCCACACCCCAAUCCCUCACUGCCAUGCUUGAGAAGUCCCCAAUAAUACAUGCUGCACAGAUCCGUGCUCCUGUGUUGUUGAUGCUGGGGGGCAGAGACAGAAGAGUAUCACCUCACCAGGGUCUGGAGCUCUACAGAGCACUGAAGAGCAGGAAUAUACUCGUCAGGUUAUUGUGGUACAGUGAUGAGGGUCACUCGCUGUCUAAAGUCACCACUCAGUCUGACUGCUUCCUCAACAUCCUUCUGUGGUUCAGAGAGCAUUUAAACUUAGUUGACACACAUAACUCAUGAAAAUAGUCAUGAGGGUUUUUUCUGUCGACACUUAUUUUGUUUGACAUUGUUGCCAAAACCUAAUGGAAAUGUUGCAGUGAACUUGAAGUGACAGAUUAUUUAUGUUGCUGACCACUAGGGGUCAGACCUGUCAAUGGUAAAUGGUCUGCAAAGAUGGGGAUCAGAUGCCAAAGAUGUAAUCAUGAUUUUAAGAAAUCUGAGCUCAUGUACUGUGAUGUUGAACGUUUCUCUCUUUUGUUUAGAGUCAUGUCUUUCCAAAAGUUUACUGCUCAAUAUUUUUAAUGGAUGUUGUCAUGGCAGUAUUUUUAGAUUAUAUUUUAGGUUUGAAAAUAUAAAAACAUGACUGUUUAUAGAAUAAACAUUGAAGAACAAUUGAAAGUGAUAAAAAUGAAAUGAAAACAUUAAAAUGUUUUAUAGAUUCAAAAAUAUAUCUGUGGACGUAUUUAACAUUCCAGAGUUGCUGGUUGCACACCAAAAUGUUAAUACAUAUGACAUAUGAUUCAAGAGAGAAUUGUGUGACAUUUACUAAAUUCCAGGUGCAUAUGCAAUGUUGAGUCUCUAGUUCUUUGUAAAAUCUCUAAGGAAGGAUCCUUUCUGUUAAAGAUUUCUUUAUUUUUCAUAGUUUUGUAACUAUUUGCUCCUAUGAAGACCUAACCACAGAAUCCUCUUUGACAGAUUUAGUCAUAUCUUUUGGUUCUGUCGUUGAACUCUGUCAUGAAUUAUAAAUGCUUAAAUUUCUUGA